AAGCAAAACUGCUCAAAACAUGAAGAGUGAAAGUCCUCUCGUCUUUUCUGUACGAUUAGUGUUAUUUUAAUUAAAGUUAAUUGCAAAUUUAACUAGUUUAUCCGUUAAAGUGUCAGUUUAUUUCAAUGUUAAUUGAAACAUGACGACAUUGGUGGAGUUGCAAAACAGUUGCCGGCUAUGUCUGUCUUCUCCGGACGGAACCCCGGAUGAGCCAAGUUCGUCAGACAACUCGAAGUCAUUCGUGUCGAUGGCAGCCAGUUCGCUACGUGGGAAAUUGGACGUGGUUUUCAACUUCACGCUUGACGAAAUGGAUCAGUUGCCGAAAAAUAUUUGCUCACGUUGUUGCAGCAUCGUUGGAGAGUUCUACGAGUUCUCCGAGAAGGUGCAACAGAAUCAGUCCUAUUUACGGAUGCUGACUGGAGAAUGCAGCGGCGAUGUGAAGCGGGAUCCGGACCAAUGGAGUGCGGGUGAAGCGAAAAGUGAGAUCAUUGAGAUGGUAAAAGUUGAGCCCGAUCUGGAGAACGAUGAAGGUGGCGGCAGCGUCGGCGGCUGGGAGGAUGGAGAGAAAGACGAUCUGGAUGAGGAAGCAAGUGGCGCGAGUGGGAACGAAGAAAGCGAAGAAGAUGUUGAUUCUGAGAUUGAAGAGGAACAAGUGGUGACCAGAACCAAACGGAAAUAUACCCGAAGAGCGCCGUUGAAGCCGAAGAAAACAAAACCGGAUGGUGGUCUUGACCCGUCGAAAGAAUACCGAAGUAAGCCCAGGGAAAAGAUCGAAGAGGAGAACAGGAAGAUCCUGGAAUAUUUCAAAUUUAUUUGUGAAAUAUGUCAGCUUCCCACAGAAACGUUCAUCGAAUUGAGGAGGCAUUUUCGGGAUGAACAUAAUCAAAAGGGCUAUCACCGAUGUUGCAACAAGAAGCUAUUCAAGCGGUGCCAUUUACUGGAGCACAUUCAGGUCCACUUGAAUCCGCAUCUUUACGGAUGUGAUCUGUGUUCGAAGAACUUCAGUUCGAAAGAGUACCUGCAGCUGCACAAUAUGCAAUGCCACGCUGAACAAGUCGAGCGACCCUACAAAUGUGACAAAUGCCCGAAGAGCUUCAUUCAGAAGGGACAACUUACGUCUCACUUGGGCCGACACCUAAUGUUCCAGUGCUCUAAAUGCGACAAAGUUCUCGCCGGAAAGGGAUCUCUCAGUGCCCACAUGGUCAACAUGCACAGCGACGAGGGAAAACUCAUUUGCGACACCUGUGGACGUGAGUUCAAAACCAAGCAGUGCUUCGAUAAUCACGUGCGAAAGCAUUUGGGUAUGUCGGAAGACACGAGUGUCGCAUGUGAAAUAUGUCACGUGGUACUCCAAAACAAGACCACCCUCAAGAAACACAUCAUCGCCAAGCACACCCAAACGGACGAAGUUUUCAUUUGCGAGAUUUGUAAUAAACAGGCGCCGAACAAGUUCGCUCUGGAAUCGCACAAGCGAAAGGUUCACUGCGCGGAAAAGUACCAGUGCGAGUUCUGCGAGAAGCGCUUCAAGAACCCGAUAACGCUGAAAGAGCACCGGGCAUCGCACACCGGAGAGAUUUUGUACAACUGCCCGUUCUGCGCUACGACGUUCAAUUCCAAAGCCAACAUGUACGCCCACCGGAAGAAGGCGCACCCGUACGAGUGGGCCCAGGAAAAGAUGGGCCGGAACAAGACUCAAGCACCACCGCAGCCGCAAAUGGAGUGAGAGACUUUCACAUGUCCAAUUCCAACACAAGUUGAAUUAAAGCGCCUAGAAUUGGAAAGAAAUAUGCGACGGGCGCCAAGUACCUGCCAACUGAUGCAACUGAGGUGCAUCAGUUCUUGGGAGAAGGAAAUACAAU